AUCACUAACUUUUUCUUUUAUUUUAAAAUAGGAUACAGCUUUUAUCUCGCACAUGAAUUUUUUGAUGUUCUUCCCGUGCAUAAAUUUCAGAAAACACCACAAGGAUGGAGAGAAGUGCUUGUUGAUAUCGACCCCCAAGUUUCUGAUAAACUGAGGUUCGUCUUGGCGCCUUGUGCGACGCCAGCAGAAGCCUUCAUACAACACGAUGAAAGAAGGGACCAUGUGGAAGUGUGUCCCGACGCUGGGAUUAUUAUACAGGAACUUUCUCAACGCAUUGCAUCAAGCGGAGGUGCUGCUCUGAUUGCUGAUUACGGUCACGAUGGGACAAAGACAGACACCUUCAGAGGGUUUUGUGGACACCAGCUUCAUGAUGUCUUAACUGCUCCUGGAACAGCAGAUCUGACAGCUGAUGUGGACUUCAGUUACCUGCGCAGAAUGGUACAAGGAAAAGUAGCAUCUCUGGGUCCAGUAGAGCAGCGAACGUUUUUAAAAAACAUGGGCAUUGAUGUCCGGCUGAAGGUUCUUUUAGAUAAAGCAGACGAGCCAUCCACGAAGCGGCAGUUACCAGGGUAUGACAUGUUAAUGAACCCUCAGAAGAUGGGAGAGAGAUUCAACUUCUUUGCCUUGCUGCCUCAUCAGAGACUUCAUGGUGCAGGUCAAGAAAGGAAUGCCUGUCAGUCAAAGACCCCUGCAUCAUCUGUAGCUGGGUUUGAUGACCUUGUUUGGCAGUGAUAUUUCAGCUUGGACUGUUUAUUCUUCAGUGUGCUUUAAAAAUCAAAAUAAAAGAAACUCAUUUUGUAUAUUGAAGGUAA